AUGUGGUGCCUCGCUCUUGAUGCGGUAGCACUGGGUGUGGACAGCGGAUGGGUGAUGGUGAGUGUGGGCGGGGAGGUGGUGGCACGAGUGGGCGGGGACUCCAGUGGUCGAGUAAGGCCAUGUCAUGAGGGCCCUCUUACUGACCUCUAUCUCCAUGACUCUCAUCUCCUCACCCUAGGUGGUGAUGGUUGGCUACGAAUCUGGGAAGCAGAGACGUUAGACGAAGCUGUACUCAGAGUGACAGGUGGUAUGGAGGAAACACUGGGUUGGUGUGAGCCAGGGAUCAAGACCAUCUGCCUACAGCUGGUGCGGAAGCUACCUGUACACAGUGGCCCUGGCUAUCCUGUUACUAUUACUCCCACAACCACGCCCAUCACCACCACCAUGUCCACUAGUACGCCCACUACUACCCCGAACACUCCGCCUACAACCACGCCAUCGCUGGUGUGGGUGAUUCAGACCAACACGGGCGUGGUGUACGGCGUGUGGGCGGGACAGUGGACAGUUCGUACACUACACCAAGGGCCGAGUGGGCGUGUGACGGGCGUAGCCAUGGCGUCCACGCGCGGUUACUUGGCAACCACCACCCACCACCGUUACCUGCAGGUCACAGCGCUUCUUCAG